AUGUUUAAAAGAACUGUAACCGGUAUCCAAGAUUUUAAAAUUAAAAUAAAUGAUAAUGCACAAAAGCCAGUUAUAAGUACUGGAUACAACUCAAAUAGUUUGAAAUGUUUAUAUACCAAUGCUACAUCAUUUGAAAAAAAUAAAUUAAAUGAAGUUAUAGCUGAAAUUGAAAUAAGCUCUCCAGAUAUAAUUUUCAUAACAGAAACAUGGUGGAAUGAUACCUCAGCAACAAUUAUACCUGGUUAUAACCUUUAUCGCAGAGACCGAAUGAAUAGCAGAGGUGGUGGAGUCUGUAUUUAUGUAAAUGACCUAAUUGAUUCAUUUGAAGUCAAUAAUGAACCCUAUAAUAAUAAAAAUAUUGAGCAGAUUUGGUGUACCAUUAAAAUGAGCAAUGAAUGCAUAUUAUGUGGCUGUAUUUAUAGACCAGGAAGUGAUGAUUUAGUAAACUUUCAAAAUGUAAUCAAUUCUAUUAAAGAAAGUUACAAUUACUUCUCAAAAACUAAAAUAUAUACUGAGUUUUUCAUAUGUGGUGACUUCAAUUUUCCAUCCUUGAAUAGUAUAUGGAAUUCUUGUUAUGAAAGUGUCUGCAUUGGAGAAAAAGAGAGACAGUUUCUAGAAUGCAUUGAGGAAUCUUGGUACAUAUGGAUCCUUUUGGGGAAAACAAAAAGAGGUCAUCAUGUUUUAAAUUUUAAUUUUAAUUAUCAAUUACAUAAUCGCAAAAAUGAAAGUAUUACUACAAAGCGAGUAUACAUGAAAGGAAAUUAUCAUGAAUUUUCAAAAUGUUUAAAUAAAUUUAACUGGAGUCAUGAGUUUACUGGACUUAAUGUUGAUCAGUGUUAUGAAAGUUUUAUUAGAACUCUUGAAUACGACUGUAAAGAUUUCAUACCGUCAUUUAAUCAAAAAACAACUGAAAGCAAAAGAUCCUUAUGGAUGAAUAAAGAAUUAAAACACGAAAUUCGACUUAAGCAAUCAAAAAAAAAUCCAAAACAAGUUUAUGCUUAUAUUAACAGUAAACUAAAAGCUAAAGACUAUAUAAGAGCAAUUUCAAUUGAAAACAAUGAAAUAUCAACUGACAGUCAAGUUAUUGCUAAUCAGUUAAAUCGGUUUUUCAAUUUAGUAUUCAUAAACGAAAGCCUAACUAAUAUGCCUACAUGUGAAAAUAUAACAGAAAAAAUUUGCCCAACCCCAUUGUUUAAUGAAAAAGAUAUUAAAAAACGAUUAUUGAAUCUAAAUGUGCACAAGUCCCCAGGUAUCGAUAGAAUUCAUCCAAUGUUUUUAAGUAAGUGUGCUGACAGUUUAGCUAGACCACUCUGUAUGAUAUUUAACCAAUCAUUUCUAACUGGAACAUUGCCUACAAGCUGGUUAAAAGCAAAUAUCACUCCAAUUUUUAAAAAUGGGGAUAGGUUGAAUGCAGGUAACUACCGUCCAAUUUCAUUGACCUCUGUUGUUUGUAAAGUAAUGGAAAGUAUUGUUAAGGAUACAAUAAUGAACCAUUUAAAUAAAAAUAAGUUAUUAAUACCAGAACAACACGGAUUCAUUAAAUCAAAAAAUUGUGUAACAAACCUUCUCGAGACAUUAGACAUAAUAACAGAAUCAAUAAAUUGUGGAAAAUGUGUUGAUGUUGCCUUUUUAGAUUUUUCUAAGGCAUUUGAUUCAGUUCCGCAUUCCAGGCUGCUCUUGAAACUUAAGUCAUUUGGUAUUGUCGGAAAAUUGUUGCAAUGGUGUAAAGCUUUUUUAGCAAAUCGAAAACAGAGAGUUGUUUUGGGACUGUUUGAAUCAGAAUGGGAAACAGUUCGUAGUGGGGUUCCACAAGGAUCGUUGGAUCUUGACAUCUUAUUUAACUGGACUAAAAGAUGGCUUAUCAGUUUUAAUAAAGAUAAAUGUAAAAUCAUGCAUUUUGGUCGUGAUAAUCCGAAAAUAAAGUAUAAUUUAAAAUAUAAUGCUACAGAAACAGAGAUUAUUCAACAUGGACUAAUAGUAACGUCAUUGGAAAGAGACCUUGGUGUUUAUAUUUCAGACAAUUUAAAAUGGGAAGACCACAUUGAAAAAAUGAUAUAA